AUGUCGGCAGCAUUAGUGAAUAGAUCCCUAACCACCGUCAGGACGGAGUUGGAGUUUUUGAAAGACUCGGACGUUAUAACAGAGGCUUUAUACGACAAGUUGGUGCUGGCCCUUCCUCAAAAAUACAAGAAGGAUGAAAAGCCAUGGGAUGUUGAUGUGUUGGGAACUUCAGCUCCAAGCGUGGCACCCACCAAGGUGACCAACAGCCGCCAGAACUCUAACAAGAUUCCAAGUUUUAAUAUCCCCGACGAGCCUGCUCCAUCCUAUACUGUACAAGCUAACGAAUUAUCAAACCCCUUAUCUGCCAUGAAGAUCGGUCCACCGGCACAGCCUCCACAGAAGGAAAAGAUGGAAACGCCGGCACCACCACCGCCAGUGGGAUACUGCGAAGCUUUGUACGAUUACACUGCACAGGAAGCCGACGACUUGAACCUCAAAAAGGGAGACAAGAUCGCCGUUGUCGAGCAUCUAUCACAAGAUUGGUGGAAAGGUUACCAUAGGGACGCCGGUGCUGCGAAGGCAGGGGUUUUCCCUUCAAACUACGUCAAGGUGAUCUCGGUGCAAGAGUUUGAUUUCGCCAAGAAGGAUUCGCCAUCGGCACCAUCACCUGCUCAUUCUAAUUCGUAUGGACCACCUGCACAAUUCGGAGCACCACAACCACAAUUGCAACAGCAGCCUUCGUAUGGAGGUGGCUAUGCUCAGUUUCCGCCUCCAAAUUCAGGGUACUUGCCUCCUGCUCAACCCUAUCAACCUCAGUACCAAGUUGCGCCACAGCAGCUAGCUCCAGUAGAACAGCAGCAGCAGCAACAACACUCUUCGGGCGGCAAUGCGGCUUUGAAGAAAUAUGGUGGUAGAUUUGGUGAGGCUGCCUUGUUUGGUGCUGGUGCUUCUGUUGGUGCAAACAUUGUCAACUCCAUAUUCUAG